CUGCCGGGACUCGUUUGCGGGGGCGGAGGGAUACGCGCACGCCCAGGCCGGCAGUCCGUCGGCGGUGAGCGGCCCGCGCAGCAACCGUCGCCGCCUGCCGUUGAGAGGCGCGGCGAAGAGCGAGGGGCGGCGGCGGCGGCGGCUGUGGCGGCGACUCCGGCCCGGGCUGAGGGAAACGGGCGGCUGCCAGGAGCUGUGAGGUCGUAGCGCCACUUCCCCCACCCCCGUUACCAUGGCUGACCAGCUGACGGAGGAGCAAAUUGCAGAGUUCAAAGAGGCCUUCUCCCUCUUUGACAAGGACGGCGAUGGCACCAUCACCACCAAGGAGCUGGGCACAGUGAUGCGCUCCCUGGGGCAGAACCCCACGGAGGCGGAGCUGCAGGACAUGAUCAACGAGGUGGACGCCGACGGAAAUGGCACCAUCGAUUUCCCAGAAUUCCUCACCAUGAUGGCCCGGAAGAUGAAGGACACAGACAGCGAGGAAGAGAUCCGUGAGGCCUUCCGAGUCUUCGACAAGGAUGGCAACGGGUACAUCAGUGCCGCCGAGCUGCGCCACGUCAUGACCAACCUGGGUGAGAAGCUGACGGACGAGGAAGUUGACGAAAUGAUCAGAGAAGCGGACAUCGACGGAGACGGGCAGGUCAAUUAUGAAGAGUUUGUACAGAUGAUGACUGCCAAAUAAGACCAGCCGCUGGCUCCCCUCCCCUUCCCUGUACAGUACGGAAGGACGGUCUGCUUACCACAGAGUUCCCAAUCCAGCCCCCCCCCCCCCCGUCUGUGUGGCCCUCAUGCUCCAUUGACGCUUUAGCAGUGUGUGGCCAUUCCCCGCCGUCUCCCCCCCUCCCCUCCUCUCCCGGGUUGCCUGGUAGGCCUGUGCUGGGUGCACCUGGGGCGGCAGGAGGCCAGCCCACAGCCCCGGUGCAGAGGGUGAGGCAGGGCCAGGCUCCUGGCGCGGGGCGGAGUGGGGCAGGCCUCUUCCCCCUCGCCUCCCUCCCCGCCCGGCCCCGUUCGGCCCCGGCCAGCGCCAGCCUUUGCCUCCAUGGACUGUUGAGUGCAGCUGACUGCCCCCCUCUGCCACCCGCAGUUGUCUCCUUGGGAAUAUCUGCAUAUCUUGGGUAUAUUGUAACUGUUAACCUAUUAAUUGCCACGCACUCUCCCUCUCGGUCUCCUCUCCCCCCAAUGGCUUCAGGGAAUGCUUCUGUUCCAUUCCAGUUGGUGUAUGGUUUCUUUUCCCCCCCUUCUUUUGAAUAAAGUCUGUGUUUCAAA